GCCGCGGCGGGAGGUCCGAGGCUGCCGGCCGCAUGGGGAGGCGGCGGCGCAGCGUGGCCGGGGCGGCCGGGGCGCUGCCCGAGGCCAUCGCCGCGCUGAGUCGGUCGCUGCCCGCCGGGCCCAGCCCCGAGGUCUUCCGUCGCGCUAAGUUCGACCGGCCGGAGGCGGCCCCCGCGCUCUGGCAGCUCCUCUUCCGUGUGCUGUCGCCGCCGCCCGCGGACUGCGGCCUGGGCCCGGAGGCCCAGGCCAGCGUGGUGAGGUCAGCGCUGCGCAUCCGGGGGUACCCUCGCUCGCUGCCCGCACAGCCUCCUGAGGACGGCUCCUGGGGCAGCCGGGAGCUGCUGCUGGCCCUGUCCUGGCUCCUAGCCCGGGGCCCCCUGCUCGAGCAGCUGCUGGCCCAGGCCCGGGUACAGCUGGGUGACCCUGUGCCCCAGUGCCAGUGUGAGGCCCUGACUAGCUUUGGCCCACCUGAACCCCACGUGGAAGCAGAGGGCCCUGUGGACCUCCGCCAAGUGCAGUGGAUGCUGGGAAAGCUGCGGUUCCGGUGGCGGCAUCUGAUCUCCACUCAGCAGGAGCAGUGUGCCCUCCUGAGCAAGAUCCACCUGUGCACCCGGGGAUGCCACAGUGACCCGCGCCUCCGCCACUUGUCUGUAGCUGAGACAGAGCUGCUUAGGGACCCAGAGCGUGGCCGACAGCUGCUGCGGGCGCUGGAGCGUGAGAACGCCCACCUGGAAUCGGUGCUGGAGUGGCGGCGCCUGGAGCUGGUCUACUGGCGGUGGAUGGACACAGUCCUGGGUGCCUGUCCCGAGGACCCCACCAAGGCCUCACAGCCGGCACUCCCGCCUGUCACCUCCGGGCACAGGCUUGGUAAAUUGGAGCUGGCAGCGCAGGAACUGCGUUCCCUGCAGGAGGAGCUGCGGGAGCUGGUGGAGCCCCGGAGGGCGGCCUGGCAGGCCCAGGUUGAAGGCCUAGGCCGGGGUCCGGCAUGGAGUCCGUCUCGGAGAGCUUUGCAGAAGGUCGUGGCGCAGGAGUUGGAGGCCCUGUGGGUGUCUUGGGAGUUCUCUGGGGACUCUGCCCGGCCUCAAGGACCCCACCGCCUGGUGAGGACUGAGGACAGGGCGGCAGGGUCCCCCGGCCUGCGAGCGGCCGAGGUGAUUGGGACGCUGAGGACGCAGGUGGCCUGUCUGGAGGCCACACUGCGCCGCCGGCGGGAGCGCUGCCGGCAGGAGCUGGCCCGGCUGGCGGGAGCCCUGCCCGGGCUCAUCUGGAUCCUGCCACCCGGACGCUGAGGGCCACGCGUGUCCUGUGCAGGGAGCCUGGGGACAGACUUCAGGGCUGACGCAGAGGUCGAGCCACGCGCUCCCGGGCUGCGGCUCUGACUCAAGGAGCAAGCCCAGGAACUUGGCUCACACUGUGGUUGCAGGCGGGGUUGCCCCUCCUUGGAGGACCCGGAGGGGCCUAAAAUACAUGUGGUGGCCCUGUCUGCGGCCCAGCCCUCCACGGUGCGGUCAGGUUUCUGUUUUGGGGCUGGCAGCACAGGGUGCUUGGCGGCCUGGGAGGGGCUGUGAGGCCUGCGUCCCGCCUCCUGGUCCCACAGUGCACAGCUCCUGUGCCCGCCCUGUGUGCUGCGGGUGGACGGGCCCCGGGCUCUGCUGUUCUCUGCGGCGGUGCCUGGAACUGAGUCUUGGCCGCGGUGUAGACAGAGGGCCUUUGUUCUGGGAGCUGCAGUGCAGUCUCACCCUGACAAAGCCGCCUGUGUCUGGGAUGUGCCCACCGCCGUGGUGCGCCCUCCCGACCCACCCUCCUGCCAGUCAGCAGACAGGGGCGGUUCGGGCGUCUCCAGCCUGCCUUGCUCCCAAUCCCCAAGCCCUGCAUCCUGACGGAGCCCACGAGGCCACUUCCCGCGCCCUGCCAGCCCAGACCUGAAGCUGCGUCCAGCCCCUGGCCCGGGGGCCUCUGGCAGGCAUGCUCCAGGGGGUACACACUGGAGGGACGGGCGGCCCCAGGGCACCUGCUCCGGUCAGGGCCACCUCUGUCCCUGGGUCAGUAGAGGUGCCGUGCUGCCUUUACUCAGUCUGGCUGAUUUUACGCACGCUGCUGGAUGGGGCUGUGUCCAGCAGGUUCCCCCUUUCUGCACAGAUAUGGCUGUGAGAGUUACUGGCCACUUCUCCGGGUCAGUGCCCACUUCCUUCCCUGGCCGGGAGGCCUUGUGUGUUGAGCAAAUCUACUUAGGUUGCCAGACUUUUUUUUGUUUUCUGUCAGUCAUGGGGCCUGAACUCUGGG